AUGGGGCCCCUGUGUCCUUGCCCACACUCAAAAAAGCCUAUAAAAAAGGUACCAGGGGCAUUUCAUGGGGCCCCCUACUGACCCCGGGCCCUCGGGCAGGGAUCAUGGGGCCCCUGUGUCCUUGCCCACACUCAAAGUACACACAAAAAAGCCUAUAAAAGGUACCAGGGGCAUUUCAUGGGGCCCCCUACUGAUCACGGGCCAUUGGGCAGUGCCCGAGUUUCCAAAUGGUCAGUCCGCCCCUGGUGGUGUAUUUAGGUUUUGCACUACCCUAGGCAACACAAAACUC